AUGCUUGAUUCUCAAACGUGUUUUGAAAUAAUAUUUACAUUUGAACGUAUUAUUAGUGAACAAGCACCUAUUAUUAUUAAUGGACUUGAUUCAGCUGGUAAUAAUGUUCAUCGUGAAAUAUUUAAAGUUGCUAAAACUCAUCUUUAUGAUCGAGCUAUGUCUUGUUUAAUUGCUUUAAUUAAUCAAAAUAAUUUUGUAUAUACAAAUGAACUUGAAGGAACUGUUACAUUAGAUUUUCGUGCACUUGAUGGUUCAAAUAAUGAAGCUCAUGAUGAUCAUUUAAUAACUGAUGAUUUACUUAAAUGUAUAUUAAAUCCAAUUGAAAAUGCCAUAAUUAUAUUUGUUCAUAUAACAAAUUUAAUUAAACAAUUUAGUCCAAAAUUAAAAACACCAAUAGUUAUGUUUCAUUUACAUUUAUAUGAACUUCUUUCACUUAUAUCAAUUAAACUUUAUGUAUAA